GGCAGCAAAGCGCAAGAGCACACAUGCUUUUGGGACGAGCGAACGUCACAGCGCACGAAGUUGGACCAAACCGGACUCUUGUAAAGGAUAAAGACUUGUCACCUUUCAAGAACUCAGGUUGUGUGGGGGGAGGAAGUUGUGAAGUCACGCGGAGGAGAAGCAGUUACUGUUGGGUUACAGACCCGGAGUAAUGCUUGGCUCGGCACACCAGAAGGAACCAAGCCUUCUUUCAGAGGUCCUCUUCUUCCACACAGUCAUACCCUACCAGUGACUGUGCAAAUCCAUUCACAGACGGACACAGAACUUAACAAAAUCUCUUGUACCCUAUAUUUGAAAAGGAGUUUUCAAUCCUAAAAGUACACAAUCUAUCGGAUGACUGCAUGGUGAAAGUGUUACCUUGUUAGACACCCACAGGGCUAUAGACAGAGGCUCUACUUAUCAAACCCACUCACUGUUCCUACCCUGGAGAAAAAGGCUGAUUUAGCAUCUAACGCUAGCAUCUAACGCUAGCAUCUAACGCUAGCAUCUAACGCUAGCAUCUAACGCUAGCAUCUAACGCUAGCAUCUAACGCUAGCAUCUAACGCUAGCAUCUAACGCUAGCAUCUAACGCUAGCCCGAUGUGCUGCGUGUUGCUUUCACAUUCAGCGCCAUUGAUCCACUGACCGCCCUGUAAUUUGAUUAGCAUUCUAGCCUGCCUUAUUAUUUUAAAAACACACACACACAGGCAACCCUCCAAAUGACACUGUUUUCACAAAUAUUAUUGGCCCUGUUGACCAUGAGGCACAUGCUGCUGUCAGCUCAUGCAAUCACCAUCCACUACAGACAACACCUGGCUAUUAGCCCCCAUUGAGAGUACUACUACACUUCUCUGUGUUGUACUGCUAUGUUUAUUCACUCUGGCAGGUGCUAGUGUCAUGUCCUAUUUGUCCGGGCGGCUGUCUGUGUGAAUGGAUACGACAGGGUUAUGAUGAACACGUGCUGUUGUCGUCUUCUACUGCCUACGGUUGAGUCACUGUGAGGGGAAGAGAUCCUAGGUCUGAUCAUACUGUUUGUCUAUCACCCUGUCAGAAGGGAUCAAGACCAAAUCUCUCUUGAAGUAGACACUUCAUCUCAAAGAGACUAACAUCUCAAAGGAUAAACAAAGGCUGUCUAGAACACAUCAGUCUGUCCAACCGUCUGUCUGGUUGUACCCCCAACUGUGGCCCACCUCUUGCCCGCUCCCCCCACCAUCCAGUCUGUGUGUAAGUUCUGCCGACGGGCUGCUUGGAGGAUGAGCGAUGUCCCCACCCUGGACUAUGAGCUGCUGCUGUCCCCUGGGCCAUCCCUCCCUGGGCCCCCCAGCAGCCCUGCUCUGGUGGGGGGCGACGCGGAGCAGAGGACGGCCUUUGCCUUCGUGGGGCUCCUCAUGCUCUUCCUUGUCUUCCUGCUGGUGCGCUGCUUCCGCAUCCUGCUGGACCCCUACAGCCGCAUGCCAUCCUCCUCCUGGACCGAACACAAGGAGGGCGUAGAGAGGGGGCAGUUUGACUACGCCCUGGUCUAGACCUGGGUCGUGUUCAUUAGGCACCAAACGGAAGAAAGGGGACUGAAACAGGGAGGGACUACCCGAACUUGUCCAAUAAGAAAUGUUGUUUUCAUUUUCCGUUGCACAACGUUUCGCUACGGUGUGCCCUAAUGAAAACGACCCCGGUAGUGUCUAAAGGGGGCAGUUUGACUGGCCCUCCGGUAGAAACAGAGACCACAGUUGUCAAGACCGGAUCCCUCAACACCCAGACCAAGACCUUUGACUACAUGCUGCUGCAGAGACCGAGGAAAGAUGAGCCGUUUUGACUAUAUGUUGCCAUCAAGGCCCAAAACCAGACCACCGGAUUGCUUGAGACCCAGACUGUUACCAAGACUAGACCAUUUGAGACCUAGACUUGCAAUUCGGAGCCAGAGGUAGAAAUGGGUUGUAUGUACUGCACUGUUGCCUUAAUUUGCUGCAUUCCCCUCAUAACACUUCCUCCUCAUCUUUUAGUCCCUGUAGAUUGGCUAAUAUUAUUAUUUAUUUUUUUUAACCUUUAUUUUACUAGGCAAGUCAGUUAAGAACAAAUUCUUAUUUUCAAUGACUGCCUAGGAACAGUGGAUUAACUGCCUGUUCCUUCCGGUUACUAGUCCAAUGCUUUAACUACUAGGCUACCCUGCCGCCCCAUAUAUGCAGGGGAGUGCUGACAAAGCCAUUACAAACACAAUGGGAUUUCAAACAAGAUCCUUCCAGAUGAAACGUAUAGGCUAUAUCAGAGUAGCUUUCAAUAUUUACAUCACACCUGUUUCUGUACCUCCCAGUUCAUGAUUUGUUACAGUAUAUUUGACAGUCGUGACCUUUUUUUAAAUAUUGAUUGUCCUCUGACAAAUGAUCAAUUGUAUUUUUCCCUCAUAGAUUUACGACUGGGUUGAGAUGCAUUCCGCCCUUUUAAGAAUCCAGACUGGUGAUUUGUCUUCAAAGGAACAUUAGUAGUGUGUUUUGUGUUGGUAGAACUGAAACAAAGCCAUAUCUAUAAUAUAUAUGUACACAUACAUACAUGUUGUUUGGUUGCCCUGUCAGCUUUAACCACCUUGCCAAGCUUAGUGAAAACAUGCACUCUACAACUGCGACUUUUAGACCAGAAAUGCUUUAUUUUUGUAUUCCAACUAAAGUUUGGAUGUUUUCUCUGAUUUGUAGCACUCUCAAUCUUGUCUUUGGUCUGUGAUUCUUGAGUUAGCCUAGCUACACAACGAAACAUGAUAUGCUUCCAUAUACGAAGCACUGCAGCAAUUUUUCAACUCGCCUCUACUUAGCGAUAUUUUCUUUGGUCUCGAUUUGGAAGAAACACGUCUCUUAUAAAUGUCUGUGUUCAGUUGUAGGUGGUACUCCGAAAAACAGAAUUCAGAAAAAUAUUACAUCCACUUUUUCCACUGCAUGAGGUUUCUCGCCAUGUUAGCUGCCGCACAUCUCGCAUUUCCCAACAUCUUUGCUGGAACUAGUCAAUGCUCUUCACACAGUACGACCAAAACAAAGAUCUACACACAUGCAAGAGGCAUUUCUCACUCAGAGCCAUAGCUACAAUAUUUUUGAAUUGGAUUUUUAUUUAUUUUUAACUCAUUCGGGGUCUCAACUUACUGUUGAGUUAGAAUAGUAGAAUACACAAGGUGCAAUUUCUAAACUUGGUUGUGCUUCAGCAGUUUUACUCGUUAUCUGUCCCUCAAUUAGCCCAAGUCAGUUAACAUGUUUUAAAUUUCUAAAUUAGUCUUGCUAGUUAUUUUAUCAUGGCUGAAUUAGCAUGCCUAGGGACCCUGACCUCCAGGGGGAGCCAUUUGAUUUUGUUAGUCACUCUCACCCAGAUAUCAUGUUAACGUGGCGAAAUGUGUAGAAUUGCAGGGAAUUAUCUUUAAAACUGCAAACAUUUCUCCCCACCCCAUGGCAAAAUGUGUAGAAUUGCAGGAAAUUAGAUGUAAAACUGUAAGAAUAACAAUCUUAUUUGUUUACCUUUUUAAAUCAAAUAUUUGUUCUGCUAACAGAUCCCUCUACAUAAUAAAUUAUAGUUUUUAAACCCAGCGCUGAGUUAAUGUGUAGCGGCUAAUUGUAUACUGUAUGUGAAUGAAGCUACAGCAACCAAUGUGAUAAUGUCCGGGGUCAUUUUUACUUGUUUUCGCUGUUCUCCAAAUAGCAUCUAUAAAAAUGCAGUAAAUUAGCUUCAACGUUGUUAAACCCAGAGCAGACAGCUUUGCUUGCGUUUAAGAUUUGUAAGUAGAUAUUUUUCACAACUGCUUUGUUUUUGCAACGCAGGGUUUAAUUUUGUGAAAUAAAAAUGUGUUUUUCUUCAAUUUCUGUUUCCAGUGUGGGAGUGUAUUCCUCUUCCUGUAAAAUCAAUAAAGCAUUUCACCACAU